AGAAACUGAAUCGAGCGCCCUUCAGGUGAUCAAAGGGAGAUAUCAAGAAAACGUUGAUGUCGAUGAGUUGAGGCUGACGUUUCUUGCAGUUAGUGUUCGUGGUUCACGCAGUACACUACUGAGCACUGAUACUACAAGCUGCCCCAAGUUAUUUUUAUCUCUGUAUACGAACAAGUUUCUCGCUGGUUCUCCUUUUCCCUUACACGCUUUAACCUGACAGAACGUAUAUCUUGAGAGACACAAUAACCACUGGUCUGUGCAGUUUGUUUUUCCACAGCACCGUCUCCACUGUGCUGUGGGCAUCCAGAGGCAUAUGCAGCUGUCCCCUUCCCCCUGAGCCACCGCCUUACCCUGAAGGAAGUGUUCGACUGCGAAGGGAAGCCUCGUGUGGAUCUCCUGAAGGCCCACCUCACCAAGGAGGGCCGCGUCGAGGAGGCUGUGGCACUCCGAAUCAUAGAUGAAGGAGCAGCCAUCCUGCGGCAGGAGAAAACUAUACUGGACAUCGAGGCACCGGUUACAGUGUGUGGGGACAUCCAUGGGCAAUUCUUUGAUCUUAUGAAGCUGUUUGAAGUGGGAGGAUCACCAGCGACAACGCGGUACCUGUUCCUCGGGGACUACGUUGACCGUGGCUACUUCAGUAUUGAGUGUGUUUUAUACCUUUGGUCGCUGAAAAUCCUCUAUCCAAAGACACUAUUUUUACUUCGUGGAAAUCAUGAAUGUAGACAUUUGACAGAAUAUUUCACCUUCAAACAAGAAUGUAAAAUCAAGUACUCAGAGCAGGUGUAUGACUCAUGUAUGGAUGCAUUUGACUGCCUUCCCCUGGCUGCGCUCAUGAACCAGCAGUUUCUGUGUGUCCAUGGUGGACUCUCACCUGAAAUACACACCUUAGAUGACAUUAAAAAGUUGGAUCGAUUCAAGGAGCCACCGGCGUUUGGGCCCAUGUGUGACCUGCUGUGGGCUGAUCCUCUAGAAGACUUUGGCAAUGAGAAAACCCAGGAAUAUUUCAGCCACAAUACGGUGCGAGGCUGCUCCUACUUCUACAGUUAUCCAGCUGUAUGUGAGUUCCUACAGAGCAAUAACCUAUUAUCAAUUAUCCGAGCACAUGAAGCACAAGAUGCAGGUUACCGGAUGUACCGCAAAAGUCAGACGACUGGAUUUCCAUCCCUCAUUACCAUCUUCUCAGCGCCAAACUACCUGGAUGUUUACAACAACAAAGCUGCUGUACUGAAGUAUGAAAAUAAUGUCAUGAACAUCCGACAGUUCAACUGCUCACCCCAUCCCUACUGGCUGCCCAACUUCAUGGAUGUGUUCACCUGGUCUCUGCCGUUUGUUGGAGAGAAAGUCACUGAGAUGCUGGUGAACGUGCUGAGCAUCUGCUCCGAUGAUGAACUCAUGAAUGAUGAAGAUGAGAUCUUUGAUGCCAAUGCAGCUGCAGCACGCAAGGAGGUGAUCAAAAACAAGAUCCGCGCUAUUGGGAAAAUGGCCAAAAUGUUCUCAGUUCUCAGAGAGGAGAGUGAAAAUGUGUUGACGCUUAAGGGCCUGACGCCCACUGGCAUGCUGCCGAGCGGGGUUCUCUCUGGAGGCAGACAGACACUGCAGAGCGCCACCAUCGAAGCCAUUGAAGCCAUCGAGCCGAAUGAUGAGGACAGUGAAGCUAUCCGCGGCUUCUCCCCCCAGCACAAGAUUGCCAGCUUCGAGGAGGCCAAGGGCCUGGACCGCAUCAACGAGCGCAUGCCACCUCGCAAGGUCGGGGUGAACCAUGUGGGUCAAUCCAUGGGGAAGAUGAAUAUGUCAGAGGCAAACGGCACGGAUGACAACAGCAACGUCCAGUGAUGUGCUGUCUGAGCCUUAGAACUGUGCCGCUGUCGCGCUGUGCAGCAAGACAUUGCCCAAUCGGGAAUUCAGGCCUCAGAUCAUAGAAAUCAACCAGGCCCACAGACAGAGCAUGAAAUCUGCAGCAAAUCUUAAAUGGGCAAAAGGGUCAUUUUUUUCGUGACAGUGUCAUCGCACAGUUGGGGGAGGGGGGAGCAACGGGUUCACAGCAGAGGGCAGGGGUAAGGAGAGGACAGCAGGCUGCAGCCUGACUGAAAAAGUGUGAUUUAAAGUAGUCUCUGCCUGUCGUUCCCUUUGCCAGUUCAAUUACAGACUGAAUCGUCGGGGGGCUGUGUUGUUCUGAGCGCUGACAAAUGUCUGCUCCUUCAUUACAGGGCCAGAAAGAGGACAUCAUUUCAGUAUCCAUGCCACACAAAUCAUUUUACUAUUUUGUAAAGUGUUUAUUAUGAAUCACUCACAAAUUCACUUCUGAGGAAAAUAAUCUUGUUUACCUUCAUGUUUUGCUAGUAUUAACGAGGCACACCAUUUUAUGAGAAUGAAAGCAAAAAAAGAAGAAAGAAAUCACUCUGUAUACCUCUUCAAACUUCCAGUGCAAUCUUACCAGUGGACUUGGAUUUAUUGAUUUACCUUUGUGUAAGAUCCCAACAUCUUGUGAGGGAAAGAGGACAGGGUGCUAUUGUUUGCUCACAGCUCAGCCUGAACCACCAAAGCCACUGAAGUCUGAGAUCAAACUCCACCUUGGGUAUGUCUCAGCACUCUCUUGUACUACUCCUUUCCUCGCCUCCCUCAUUAUCAGUCAUCUCCUAGCUAGACGUAACUUGGAGGGGAUGAGGGGAGAAAGGGAGGGGGCGGAAGGAGUACUUGUAAAAAUUUGGAUCCAAUGCUUACUCUAGGUACCUCAGCGUCAAAGAUUAUACUCUUGAGAAAAUGUCCUCUAAAUGAACACACCAUCCCAAAUGAAGAUGCAACUUCAUCUACGUCUAUAGAUGAAUCUCAGAGGGUUAUAUUUUUAUCCAGACCAUCCACAAAGUCAUUUUCUUCUUUCUCCACUAAUUGUUUUAGCCUCUCACAAAAGAGAAGCAUGGAAUUUGAUCGAGCUGUACCUCUAAAAAAAAGAGAAAAAAAUGCAAUUCACUUUCUGGAAAGUAUAUACCCGAGCAUCCUCCAACUGAAGGAGGCUUUGAGCCGCUGUGACUGGCAACAAAGCGGCAUUAACGCCUACUUCUGGACCGCAGGGGAAAAGAGAUUUUGAACUCUGGGACAUCCUCUGCUGUUACACACUACCUGAUUAUUACUCACCUGCUUGUUGCUAAAGAGAAUGUUAAAGAAUAUCUGCAGUCACUCAAGUGUACAUUUUUCGCCUUUUGAGGGUUUUUGGUUUUUUUGCACUUUUUGCCGAGCUACAAAUUCAAGAGAUUUCAUGCCUAAGAGCUUCACAAAGUACCAUAUCAGAGUGAGAAGGAAAUUCUUCAAAUUUGUGAUUGCAUACAAUUGAAAUAUGUUAUUGUUUGAGGAGUAUUUAAUUACCACACAUCUUUGUGUCAUUUGGAAUAAGCAGGCGUGGAUACAUCCUUGCAUUUGUUGAAUGGAUUUGAAGAGUGUAUCCACACUAAAAUUUAGUUUAUUAAUGCUACUUAAUAUAAAUAUCAUUUCUUUUUCACUAGAAAUAACCUUAUACUAAGUUAAAGUAAGGAGAUAGAAUCAAAGCACAGUGUUGACCGGACAUGUGGCUCAUGAAUUCAACCAUAUUGCAUUUAAGUGUGUCAAUCAACUUUUCUAAGCUAAUCUAAUGUUACUCUGGAGAAACAGGCUGAGGAAAAUUACCCACACUGUGAUUCAAAUAUCCAAACAUAAAUUAACAUGUCCACAUAUUAUUUCAAAAUCUAAAGUCAGGUAAGAUCCUAAAAUGCCAUGUUGCACUGAAUGGGUGUUUUUGACUGAGAGAAAAAGAGUAAAGAUACUUAUGUUAAACAGGAAGCAUUCUUUCAAAGUAAGUAGUUUGGGGAAAGUUGUUGGCAGUGAAACCCUAACCUCGAGCAACACACACUUAUCACAUGAAUUUCAAAAAAUUUCCUUUCAUACAUCAAUAUUUUUUUACCUUAUAUUCCAUCUUUCUAUUUAAUGAUAAAGGUAUGUGAUAAAGGAUGGACAAAUGGUUUUUAACACAGCAUCUAUGGUACGGAACGCAUCAAUGCAUGCAAUUAAGUUCCUAAUUGUUAUGUGAGAUUAUAAUUGUGAUAGUUGUGUUUCGAAUAGUAAACUUGAAUUAAUUUAUUUUUAAUAUUAUAUUUGUUGUUUAAUUUGUCUUGUUUUACAAAUUUUAUAAAUAGGCUUCCUUUUAUCGUUCUGUCCAUUUUUAAUCAUUCUGUUAUUUAUUACCACUGCUUUUAAUUUUUAUAUUGAUUUAUUGUAUGCAGAGACAUGAAGCCUUGUGUUUAUUUAUUUUUUUCGGUUGUACUGAUGUACAGAAAUGUUCAAUAGUGUGAAUGAAUAUAAUCUCAGUGAAAAGCAACUUUCAGGCUGCCAAAGCAUGAUAGCAUGGUUUUCAGAUGUAAAUGAAUUGGACACAAAGAAAAUCAUGUGUCGCACUUACAUUUAACAGGAAACAUUGUACUCUGGUUAUAUUUACUGCUGAUAUUAUUAUUGUUACAAUUUAGCUUAUGGUUAUUUUCCUUCCUCUGUUUCUGGUUCUUGUUUGGUAUAAAUGCAUAUUUCAGCAAACAAAUAUAAUGGAUUUUAUCUUGCAUCAUUUUUCUAUUAUCUAUGGAAAUAUGUUUUGGCAUUUGACUUCCUAAACAAUACACACAUUGUAAGCAUGCCCUAUGGGACAAAUCACAUUUUUUUACUCUUGAAUAAAAUAUGCAUGAA